AUGGCUCCAAACCCAGAUAAAAGGGGUGCAGCCGAUGAUGAUAAUAUAUCAGUGAUAUCUUCAUCUGUCUCAGGCGAGAGCGAAGCAGGGGAGGUGUUCGAUGUAGAGACAAUUCUUGCUCAGAGGGGCAUCAUCGGCCGCAUGGAGUAUCUCGUCAAGUGGGAUGGGUAUGAUAUCCUGAAUGCGACAUGGGAGCCAGAAGAUUCAUUUAACUCCGACGAUACAUUGAUGGACUGGGCACGGAAGAACCUGGAAAUUCGAUCUGGAAGUCAGCCUCGCUUUGAUGUGAAAAAAUGGGAGAGAGACUACCAAAAGGUCUACGCGCAGUUCAGUGCGGCUGGCAAGGAUAUGGCGCAGCAUAACUCGGAGCUUCAGACUAAUUUGGAAGACUAUUUUUUCCCAUUGCCAGCUCAACCAGCUCAACCAGCUCAACCAGCUUCAUCAGCUUCUACGACUGAGCCGGCACGUCCGGCCUCGGCCGCGUCAACUGAUUCUCUAUUUAUGUCUUCAACUGCCGGCCCACACACAUCAACACCGCCCGGGGGCCCAGACAUGGGCCCUGCAGUUCUACCAUCGCACGCUUCUCAACCGCAGGCACCUGAGUCCUCACGGCCGGCGGGUCUGGACCCCGAAGCUUCGGUGCCAGGCAAGACGCUCCAACAGCAAAGGCCACUAGCACCGAAGCCAUCUCGGCCCGAAGUCACCCAACAACAAGCAGCUCGUAAUCAAGUAGCACAGUCACCAAGAAGAUAUGAACAAGCAACAAAGGCUAUACAUACAGCUUCAAAGUUUUCCAAGCCUGCAUCUGUCUUUAGAGGGUUUGGUCAAAGAGCUUGUCCUCGCCAAAAGCCAGGCUCCCGCCAAUCGCGAGCUGAUGAGCAAGCACCAAAUAUUCCUCUAGACCUGAGGAAGCCUUCCGAUUAUGCCAACAGAGAAAACUAUGGAUAUGUCACACCAACAGUCCGAGUUAACCAUACAAGUGGGGUGACAAAUGAAAUAACGGAAAGAUUAUUGGCGACUCAAGCUUCAGGCUCCGGGCAAACUUCAAUGGAACCCCCAGCGCUUCCACAGUCAACUAUUCGGCCAUUUCCAUCUAAGCCGCUAGUCACAGAAAGACGAGACAGGCCACGUGAGGAAAUACGGUCUCCAAGGCUACCAAACUCAAGAAAAGGAUCAUGGUCAACCGACAGAAAGAGUAAGCAAAGGCCAACAGAGCAUAGCCGUCGAAGGUCUCCAGAUAUAUACAGCCGGCGACCAAAUUCUGUCGUAGGAGACGAUUCAUAUCGACCAAACUAUUCAAGUCGAGAUGAUUCAUUUAGGCCUUCGAGAUCGCAAGAGCUCAGCAACCCCUCCAAGUCAACACAUCCGUUAUCUCCAUUAUCGGCCAAACCUCCUUUUUCGGGACCGCCAGCUCGCACGGCCAGUCGCGACACAACACAAGAACCUUCGCAGCCCAUAUCCUCAGGUGCAACUUUAUCUGAAAAACAAAAGAUUGCACUUAUGCGGGUGGGGAGUCCCGGGGCUAAUGCAGUGAAAGUUGCGGGAGACCUUUUUUGGAACCCAGGGGAAGUGCUUGUGCAUGUGUAUUUCGGUACAUUGAGGACGUACAUAGGUCCUCUGAGAAUAGUCGGUUCAGAACAUUUCAACAAAAGGAACCUUUUGAAUUCAGUCAAAGCCUCGAAGGGGCCCUUGGAGCUAUGGUUUCAGCAUUUGUACACAAUCGAAGAGUUCCCUUGGUUCUCACUCCAAUUCUUUAAAGGGAAUGCAUUUCUUGAAGGACUGAAAGGCCCUCGGUUUGAUGAAACAAAUACAGCACUAUUCCGGACAGGCGAGUACCUUCUUUACAAUAAAAUUGCUGCUACUUGCAAGCCUGCGGAGGGUUUGAGCACAUGGAUUGCCUACUCACCUUUCUCGGAGUUCGAUGACCGUUUGACUCACGGCUUUCAGUUACCCAACGAUAUACCAAUCGCACUCGCAGUAGUAGAUGAUUUUGUUCGUUUUCGACCCUCAUCAGACGAUCCACGUCCCGCCACAAAUGAUUUUCUUUCAACUCCAGAGCCACCCAUUAACCAUCCAGACGUCAGUGACAAUGUUGUUCGCGAUUUGAGUCAAUCCGUUGCCCAUGGUCAAAUAGCUCCGUCUCGAGUGACCACAUAUUCACUUGAUCAAGGUAGUCAGAAGGAACACUCGCUCGUCAAUUCUCCCACGGUACACCCUUCACGUCAGCCACUGGUUCCGCGGUUACACGCCGCAAAUUCACCCGCUCGUUCUACUGGCCACGAACUCAACCAUCAAAUGUCCACCCCAGAAGCGCCUAGAGGGGCCUCAAUACAGUCAAAUGGGAUAACAAGUAUCAACUUGGAUAAUUCACUAGCCAGUCAAAACGAUACAUAUAUGACUGACGGCGACGAAGAGGGGUUGGCCACAAUGGACACCACACCAGACGUUCAUGAGCCCUUCCAAUCUCAAGGCAUUUUACUAGAAAACAUCGGGAAAGCUAUUGAUGACUUCAUUAGCAACACGGCUAGUAUUACCAUUGAAGAGCUCGCCAAUGGUACAGCACAAAAUUUCUAUCUUCAUUUUCUCUCGGAAGAUCAAGACGCUCAGCAAGACUUGAUUUUUAUGGAGAAAUGGCUUGAUUACAAAAAAGUCAAUUAUACUACCAGUCGUGAUCCAGCAAAUUGGGAAAGAUUUUCCACGGAUUAUUACAAGAAGGGUGGUGUUGUUUUGUUCCAUGAAUCCUUCUGGCAUUAUCAAAAACUCCGCCCUAAAAUUAAACAGUUGCAAAGGGCCCCUAACAUAAAUUUCUGGGUGAUUCGUGUUUCCAGACCUCUCGAUCGUCCAGAUACUCGUUUUGUGGGUGAGAAUGAAAAUCGUCACAUCCAAAGUCUUUUCCCAAAUGGCAGCGCAAUAUUGCUCACUGAGGAUAUCUUCCAAGAUAUGAAGCAAGCUGCUCUGAUUACGUACUGGUUUACUUCCAAAAAGGCCGAGCGAGAGCCAGGAACAAAUAAACUUGUUUUGAUGCCAGGUGUGCUCUCAUACCUCCGCAAUAAAUUAGAGGACCCAGAGGAAAAUGAAGAAAACAAGGGAUUUGCAUUCUGCAUUCUUAUAGGGAUUCAAUACAUCAACUCUCGGGAUCCCAAUGCUCCAUACUUUGACCCGAACACCCUGGAAAACAUUGAUACUUACUGGCAUCCGUCCAACGAUAUUGCGUCUUUGGAUAUCCCAGAAUACGGCAGUCGGCCUGAAGAUGACCACCCUGAUGCUCUUAAAGGCCUGACACAAGACGAGCGAAAUGCAGAUCAACUCGUUGAAGCAUUCGCUUGGUGGUUACUGACUAAUUCAUUUGCUUUCCGUAAAACGAUAGUGAUCUCCAAUCAGACAAACCAAGCUUUACGAGCACUUUGGUCUCGUUGGGGACACGUAAACGUCUAUGAUGUCGAUGGAUUCUUACAGGACUACAGGAUCGAUGAGGCUCAUUUCCUUGCAAAACUGCGAGAACCCUUGUCCGACAGUAACUCUCCUCGGCGUGAUCAAGAUGCGGUCACAUCGAUGUACUCUCCAACACCUGUCACACCACGAGGGCUGCAGAGACCGCGCAACUCGAAGGAUUCUAGGCCUUCGCACGGUGACCACGGUGACCGGAGAGAGUCAAGAAAUUCGUUCCCCCAUAACAUGAAUGAAGAGCCCAGAAACUGGAGAGCACCGGAGAAUCACCAACAUCAUUCUCAUCCAUGCAAUUGA